CGUGGAGACGGCGCGUGUGGAAAACUGGAAAGAGGUGGAUGGAGUUGAACGGAGAUGGCGCGUGUCGGGCUGCGUCCCAGGAGCUUCUGCUUGUGAAAGGCGGCGGAGGUAUUCAUGAAACACUGCUACUGAAUUCAAAGAAUAAGAAGCCCAUGAAGUCACAGACAGCAAGGAUACCAAGGAGCAGCCUUUUGGAUAGGGUACAGAGCUUUCUGCCGCACAUGGCCAAUGCAAAUGAUGAACUAAGAAGAGAAAUGGAAAGUGGCCCUGUUGAAGACUUCGAUAUUGAACAUGUCGAUGCUUCAACUGAAAAUGUUAUUGAAAUGAAUGUGGCUUUGGUGGAAUUGAGUGGUUCUAGUACAGAGGAAGAGGAUUCGGCAUCGGAAGAUGACUCUGAUGAUGGCUCUGUCUGCGAAGAAGUCACUGUAGACAACAUGAAGCUUCCUAAGUCCAAGGGAGAAGGCAGAAUAGAAGUUUUGGACAGUAUAUCUAAUGAGUAGAUGUAUCAUAACUAUUUCUGACAUCCAGCUCUGUCGCACGUCGUGCAUUGUUAAAUCUGAGAGAAGAGUGCUCUGGGCACUCUACUUUGUUUCCAAGUGUGAGACACACAGAAGAUUUCUGUGCAAGUGCAAAGACAGGAGAAUAAUGAGGUCACUCUGUUUCCUCGAAGGCAGCAUGGAGCAAGAAACUAGAAUGAUGGACUGAAUUGGGAAAAAGAAACGAACUGCUUUUGUCAAGUCUCCUUCAGGUCUAGUUCUUACAAUUUCCCUCAGUUUCCAAGGUUACAGCUGCUGGAAAUGAUUUCAUAUGAGAACUAUUCACUAUCUGGAUUGUUUGGGACCUGCAUGGCAGCACGGACCCACUGGCCUGGAUGUGCAGCUGGGAUGGUGGAUGUGGUGAAUGGCUGUUGCAUGUUAGAAGAACCACCAUAGUACAGACGCCUUGCCAGAGAGCUCCCAUGUAGUGUUGCAAGAGCUGGCCUAGAGUCUCUGCUAUAAGGGGGCGGGGGGAGAGAAUUAUGUUGGCUUCAGUAGCUUUUUGUUGUGGUAGGUAAGGAAUAGUAGCUGGGAUGAAGUUUGUUUAUUUGCCUGUAUAAGUGAGUUUGUUGAUUGACUUACUGAAAGUCUUGCAGUCUGUACAAAACUGUACACCAUGCCCAGAUUAGGGGGAAAUUUUAUCUAGGCUACAUUUCAUGUUUAUUAAUCUGAAAUCUACAAAUAGCAGAUAGUUAUUUAACCUAUCUGAAAUUAUGUGUCCAGCCUAUGUAGGAGGAUUUUGUUUGAUAAAGCAACGCUGUUUCUUAAGUGACAUUUUUUGCCACGUGUUGUCUUUUCCAGUAUUAAAUACUGUACUGGAAUGAUUUAUACAAUUUUGUGCUUAAGAUGCUGACACUGGAUUAUUCUGAAUGAUUAUCAGGAGGUCUUUCUUGGGCAGUUAUUUCUGUGGUGGAUCUUUUUCAAAAUUGUCUGGAUUUGAAUAAAAAUUAAGACUGUUUUCGAGCAAAGACCAAGCUGAAUAUUACAGAAACAGCAAUAAUUUCCCUUCCCACAAGCCCUCCUAAAAUGAAUGAGAGAAGCUGUGUUCCCUGCUGUCUGUUUUUCAUAAAAUGUAUCUAGCAGAAGCAAUGUAGGAAUAUUCCAGCUCUCUUGCAGUUCCAGAAAGGUGGAGAAG